AUGGAGAUUUCUGGAGAUAUCCCAGACUCGACAGACUGGCUGAAUACACCUUUAAAGGACUUCGCGCAGCUGGAGAACGUUCUGCACUGCCAGAUCUGCAAAGAGUUCUACAAUUGUCCCAUGCUCACUAGCUGCUCACACUCCUUCUGCUCCAAGUGUAUUCGCUCGAGUCUAUCAGCCGACGGCCGGUGUCCUGCUUGCCGGACCGUUGAUCAGGCGAGUAAAUUACGGAACAACUGGGCAUUAGAAGAGGUCGUUGCCACAUUCUUGGCGGCAAGACCAAAGGCGAUCUCUGUGGCACGGAGAGAGCAGGAGCAAGCGCAGUACUCAUCAAGGCCUGGGAAGCGGAAAAGGGUAGUGCUGGAUUCAGACGAGGUGGAAGAGAGCAGCAGAACCACCCGCAGCAAGAGUCGGAAGAUGGCAGCGUCACAGACCUCGAACCCGGACGUCGUCGACGUUGAUGACAGCGAGGGAGAUGACGGUGCUUACGAGCCAGAGGCUGUGCCAGAUGACGGGCUGGUGGAGUGUCCGCUGGGCUGUGGGAAGCGUAUGAAGGUGGAGCAGGUAGAGCCGCAUCUUGAUCGAUGUGACGAGGAGAAGGAGCUGGCGCAGAAGGCAAACUCGCGCAAGUCCGCUACUCUUGCGAACCGGACUAUAGAUCGGCAGAGUCCCCGGCCGCAAGAUCGAUUGGCAGAGCUGAAUUAUUCGCUUCUAAGGGAGCAGCCUAUGCGGAAGAAGUUAGAAGAACUGGGCAUACCAGGAUGGGGUUCGAAGCAGCUCAUGGUUAGACGACAUACAGAAUGGGUGAAUUUGUGGAACGCCAAUUGCGAUAGUACUCAACCGAGGACGAAGCGCGAACUCUUACAUGACCUGGAUUCAUGGGAACGGACGCAGGGCGGCAAAGCCCCGACUGCUAGCAACAUGUCCACGAACAUCAUGCGGAAAGACUUCGAUGGCGAUGGAUGGGCGAACAAGAAUAAGGACGAGUUUAGUCGGCUCAUAGCCGACGCGAGAAGGAAGAAGAGUAAUCCCGAAUCAACGCCAGAUCAAUCGAAAGUCGACACAGGUGACGAAUUCGCCAAGCCUGCGCUCGACGGGGAUGAGAAUAGUAGUCCACACUUCGACAGCGCAGGCACAAAUCCACCGACGUCACAGAAACAGUCCUCCUCACCCUACGCAAACAACCCUGACGCCAUGGCCUCCAUCCGAGAAAAAGUAGAAGCAGCAAACGCAGGCCGCCACAUCGAACCCCUCAUGAACCAAGGCUUCGAGAACACAGCCUUGAACGCCACAAAAGACUCCACCUCGUCACAACCAGCACACGCCCACACUUCCGUACUCAACCCAGCGACUCCCUCCGUACCGGGAACAGAGAACAAGGCCAUGAUGUCCGACGGUUUCAGGCAGGUGCGCGAGGUGAGCAAUGACGAGCAUGCGGUCAAUCAGCGGACGGGGUCGCCGUGUGUACUAUCCGCACAUAUGCAUAAUAGUGCGAGGAAGGUGCCGAUGUUUGAGUUGCCCUCUGAGCCCGUCAAUGACAUUGAUGGGGCGGGGGACGGGACGCAUGUAUAG